GUUCCAGGCCGCUUGUGAGGAUUAAAGGUGAAGUGCGCGCGCACAGGUGAGCGGAGACAAGCGCGCGCCAGCCUCUAUAAUAAACAGAGCAGAACCAGAACCAGGAGCGGACUGGAUCUUCAUUUCAGCACCAGACAGUCUGAGUGUGAGGAAAGAGUGUGUGUGUGUGUGUUUUUGUGUGAGAGAGAGAGAGAGAGAGAGAGAGAGGGAUGAGUGUGGUGGUGAGCAGUAAUACACAGGAGGAGUAUGAGGACGACUUUGAGAAGGAUCUGGACUGGCUGAUCAGCGAGGAGAGCAAGAGCGAGGACCAGGAUGAUGAAGAUAUUGAAGCUCAGAUAGACAGAGAGCUGGAGGAGGAUGAGGAGGGUGAGAGGGAUGCUGAUGAAGGGCGGAGGAAGAAGGACAUAGAUGAUGACGGAGAAGAAGAAAGAUGGCCAACGCCCAUGGAUCCAUUAGAGGGCCCAUUCGAUCAUGAGGGUGAAUUUCCUUCUGACCAGGCUGAAGAUGAUGAAGAUCUGGAAGAAGAGAAGAAGAUGAUGCAGCAGAAGAUCGAGCAGGCUAACAGGCAGCUGCGCGAUCAAGAGGCUCCAGAUCAGACUCGCCGCAGACGCCUUCAGUUUAAGGACACUCUGGUGGACCUGGUGGUGCCGGCUCAGGACUACAGCUCCAACAGCCUGGAGAGACCUGUCACAUCUCCUACUGUGCCAAGGGUGGACUCUGAGGUGGACGGAGAUGUCUCGGGUCAGAUGCUGAAGCUGAGGAUCUCUCCGCGGGAGGAGAGCGAGGCAGCGGAUGGAGGGAGAGAGGGAGCGAGGGAGGGACGAGUGCUGGUGGAAAAGGAUGGGAAGUUUGAUCUGGUCAGUCUGAAAGAGGUGGAGAGUCAGGGCCUGCUGCCACCUUUACCCUGCAUCGCUAGUGACAGUCACCGAAGCUCCUCACGCCAGUCAGAACCCAGCAAAAGCUCUUCCUCCUCUCUGAGCCCCACAGCUCCAGAACCUCUAUUCACUCCCAAACCUCCCCCACGGCCCAGAGUCCGGCCCAACUCGGCCAGCCACACGCAGAGGGCAGCGGGCCGGCCGGGCAGCAAGCGCAGGGUUCAGUCCGCCAACGGAGCGCCAACGUACGCCACCUUCACCCUCUCCCCACAGCAGAAACAGCUCCUCACCAAACAGCAGCAGAGGAGAGAGAGGCUGGCCCGAGAGGAGGAAGAGCGGCGCCGUGAGGAAGAGGACCAGAAGCGGCAGGAGAACGAGCUGGCGUUCCGGGCGUGGCUGCUGAAGAAGAGGCAGCAGCUGCAGGAGGAGAAGAGGGUAGAGAGGGCUCAGGAGAUGGAGAAGAUGAGCGGCAAGAAGGUCUGCAGUGAUCCGGAGGAUGCGUUUCAGCUCUGGCUGCAGAGGAAGCAGGAGCAGCAGCUGAAAGAGAAGCAGCUGGAGGAGAUGAAGAAGCUGGAGGAGGAGAGCACCAUCUACAUCCACAGACCAGAGGAGUGUGACAAGGCUUUUAGACUGUGGCUGAAGCGGAAGCGUUUGGAGAAGCGGGCGGAGCAGCAGGCCGCUCGAGAGCGCUCCCGCAGGCUGGUGCUGGAAGAGCGACGGGCCAGACGCAUGCGGGACAUCCUCAGCACCGUCAACGAAAUCCAGGCCUUCCGAUUCAAUGACCCGUACAGCUACUGAACUGCUUUUGGACCACAGUCACCAUAGCUACCUUCACCGAUGUUCCUCAGGUCAAAGGUCAUUACGGCUACCAUAACCGAGGUCCCUCAGACCAAAUGUCAUUAUGGCUACCAUAACUGAGGUUCUGUAGGUUCAUGAGCAUCACAAAUACCUUAAAAUAGCUCGUACAGUUCUACAUUCAUCAUGGCUAUCAUAACCCGAAGUCCUUUAAAUCCAUGGUUACCGGGCUCACUACUGUAUAAGUGAGCUUCUAAAGUAACACAGUCUUCAUAAAUACAAUAACCACAAGCUCCAUGCUCCUUCCUUUCCUCAACUGCUGCGGUUACUACACUCAUCGCCAAAGAAAUGGUUGCAAAAAUAGUUGCACCUAGAAGGAAGUGUCAGAUUGUAACGCUAUGAGCAUGCAAGAUAACAGUUUCCAGGAACAAUAAAUUAUUAAAAAUGUAGACUGAAA